ACAAUGCUUACCAAAUUUGGAUCUAAUGUUAUUUCUAUAGAUGGCACACAUGGGCUUAAUAAUUAUGAAUUUGAAUUGACAACAAUUAUGGUAAUUGAUGAAUUUGGUCAAGGAUACCCAGCAGCAUUUAUGUUCUCAAAUAAAAAAUCCAAGAAGAGUUAAACGAAUAUGUAUUUGAAAACCAACUUUUAACUGCUGUGAAGCUAAUGAUAGAUGACAAAGAUACGCGUAAUUUUGGCCAAUAUUUCAAAGCAAAUUACAUGAAUAACAGUAAGCAAUGGGCAUAUUGCUACAGAAAGUAUACAGGAAUUAACACCAAUAUGCGACUCGAAUCUAUGAAACGUUUGGAUAAAGGGCUGCACACUGUUUUAAAAUACAUAAGAAAUCAGAGUAUUGGAAGAGUAAUAAAAAUGGUAAAAGGGAAAAACACCGUGUCCCAUCAAAACAUUUUUAAAAGGCAUCAGGAGGCAAAGGCAAGUAAAUUUGCAGUUCAGGUCAUAAGUGAGAGUAGUUGGGAAGUUAAAAGUGGUUAUAAUACAUAUUCGAUUUAUAAACUCCUUCAGUCAAAGUGUUGCCUUUUAGUGUGUCGUGCAUGUAAUGUCUGUGUUCACAUGUAUUCAUGCACAUGUGAUGACUUUAAACACAAUUGUCAAUUAUGCAAACA